UCAGAGCUUCUUUAGGCACCAGCAGGAGGGUCAUCUCUGCUAACCUGGGACAAGUGUCUGGGUUACAUGUUGAGAUGCUCUUCAAGCCCACAACUGUCCCCAACGCCUCCCUCUAUGACUUUGCCUGCGUGUGGUGGAACUACACGUUGAAAGACUGGAGCACCUUUGGCUGCUCCAAAGUCAACCACUCAGAAGACGGCCUGCGUUGUUUCUGUAAUCACACCACUAACUUUGCUGUGCUGAUGUCGUACAGGAAGGAUUUUAAAUACGCUGAAGCGCUAAACUGGAUCACCAUAUUGGGAUGCUCCAUGUCCAUCAUAGGGUUGAGUUUAACAAUAACAUUCCAGAUCGCAACCAGGAAAUCACGCAAAACCAACCCAACAGUUCUCUUAGUGAGCGUCUGCAUGUGUCUCCUGAUCUUCACCCUCCUCUUCAUGUUGGGAGUGGACAACCCUCAUAAACAGCUGGACAAACCUGAAAUACAGGAGGACAACGUUCUCCCCCCGUCCGACAAACACACAGAGCAGGACAGGGGGCCCUGUACUGCAGUGGCAGUCCUGCUGCAGUACUUCCUGUUGGGGACAUUCACCUGGAACACGCUGUACGCCACACAUGUCUUCCUGAUGAUCAGAAACAGCCUGGCCACCAGCCCGUCACACUUCACAGCCUAUACCAUGGCCAUCGGAUGGGGACUGCCUGCGGUUGUGGUGGCCGUCACCUUAGGAAUUAGUUACAGAGUGGAUGAUCCACUGGGUUACAGGCAGGAGGAAUUUUGCUGGCUUGCAGCCCUCGAUCCAAAGGGGAACUUUGAUUUCAAGCUGCCAAUGUUUUGGGGGUUCCUGAUACCUGUGGCGUUCAUGCUUAUCUUCAACACAGUGAUGUUGGUAUAUUUUGCAGUUACAACAGGCAAGACCAACCCACAUUUAACCAGUACAAGACACACAUCGAUGAAGAAGAAGUUCCUCAGUAGCUUCUCUCUGGCUGUGGUGCUCGGUCUCUCCUGGAUCCUGGGCUAUCUGUUGCUCAUUCCACAGAACCAGACCAUGUACACCAUACUCAACAUCUCCUUCUGUGUACUCACCACCACUCAGGGCUUGCAGAUUUUCAUUUUGUUCACAGCGAGAACAGCAAUUUUCAAAAAAAAAAUGUCAAGUGCUUUGAAAUCUGUCUCUAGUGUUGGGAUCCCUCUUCACACUAGGAAGUUCAGUCUAUGGCGAGAUGAGCACAGUGAUAAAGUGGAAUCAUACACACAUCUGGACACUGAUCUGUCAUUUCCACCUUGGUCCUCACAGACAUCUAGCUGAUGGGCUGUAAGUUCAACCUCUGUUGUAAAAUAUCUCAUAUACCUCCACUAUUUUCCUAUACACACAACAUUUUGUAUCAACGUAUAUUCACUGCGAAUUCCCUCAGAA